AUGGCUGCACAUCAAAUAGAUCCGAUAGGGUACGCCAAUAACGUCACUCAGCAAUAUACACAGCCGCAAAGUUUAAGUCUGCAAGAUAUUUCUGCUGUAGAGGAUGAAUUUAAAAAUAAAAUAGAAGCUGCCAGACAAGAAAGUAAACAGCUUCAUGCACAAAUAAAUAAAGCUAAAUAUAAGAUACAAGAUGCAAACUUAUUCCAGAUGGCUAGCAAACUUGCGCCACUAACCAAAAAUAAAAUCAAUUUGAAACCAAAUAUCGUAUUGAAAGGUCAUAAUAAUAAAAUCUCUGACUUUCGCUGGAGCCGAGAUUCAAGGCAUAUUUUGAGUGCGAGCCAAGAUGGUUUCAUGCUUAUAUGGGAUAGUGCAUCGGGUUUGAAACAAAACGCUAUUCCAUUAGAUUCCCAAUGGGUUCUUUCCUGUGCUAUCUCACCAUCCAGUAAUCUAGUAGCGAGUGCAGGUUUAAACAAUAACUGUACCAUUUAUAGAGUUUCGAAAGAGAAUAGAGUGCAACAAAACGUUGCGUCAAUUUUUAAAGGACAUACCUGUUACAUUUCGGACAUUGAAUUCAUAGAUAACUCACAUAUAUUAACAGCGAGUGGAGAUAUGACAUGUGCUUUAUGGGAUAUACCGAAGGCAAAGAGAGUGAGAGAAUAUUCUGAUCAUUUGGGUGAUGUCCUGGCAUUAGCAAUUCCUGAAGAGACAAACUCAGAAAAUUCUCUUAAUACUUUCGCUAGUUGCGGGUCAGACGGGUAUACUUAUAUUUGGGACAACAGGUCGCCAUCUGCUGUACAAAGUUUUUACGUUAACGAUAGUGACAUCAAUGCACUUCGCUUUUUCAAAGAUGGGAUGUCAAUUGUGACUGGAAGUGACAGUGGUGUAGUAAAUAUGUACGAUUUGAGGUCAGAUUGCUCUAUUGCUACUUUUUCCCUUUCCCGAGGGAAUGAAGAACACACCUUAACCCCUACCUACAUUGCAGCCAACAUGGAGUACAAUAAUACACAAUCACCCCGAACUUUUAAAUCGACCAGUUCAAGUUACCUAGAUAAUCAAGGGGUUGUAUCUCUAGACUUUAGUGCAUCGGGAAGAUUAAUGUACGCAUGUUAUACAGAUGUUGGUUGUAUUGUGUGGGACGUAUUGAAAGCUGAGAUUGUUGGGAAACUGGAAGGCCAUGGCGGAAGAGUUACUGGUGUACGCUCCAGUCCAGAUGGUUUGGCUGUAUGUACAGGUUCGUGGGACUCGAUCAUGAAAAUCUGGUCUCCAGGUUACCAGUAG